AUGCCGACGCCGCCUCGCUGUGUUCAAAUUUCCCGCGCACAACGUCACGAUCCACUAGCCAAUGAAAGAACGACUGUGGGUUCACGUGACUUGCGAAGUCCAAGCAACAGCUAUGGAGAGAACCUCUCGCCAGUCAAGAUGGAGGUCUGUGGAGAGGACACAUCGUGUCCACAAACUACACAUAUUUCGUGUUUAUACCCAGAGAUCUUAGCACUCAUAUUCAGUUACUUGGACGUUAAAGACAAGGGGCGUGUGGCUCAAGUGUGUACUAACUGGCGUGACGCUGCCUAUCACAAGAGUGUGUGGAGAGGAGUAGAGGCCAAGCUCCACCUGCGCAGGGCCAACCCGUCUUUGUUCGAGUCGCUGGGGUGUCGAGGUAUCCGCCGCGUGCAGGUGCUGUCGCUGCGGCGGGUGCUGAGGGACGUGAUCAGCGGUGUGCCCAACAUCACCUCCCUCAACCUGUCCGGCUGCUACAACGUCUCUGACAUCAGCCUCACGCACGCCUUCGCCAAUGAGUGUCCCUCCCUCACCCACCUCAACCUCUCGCUCUGUAAACAGAUCUCCGAUUCCUCGUUGGGCAAAAUAGCGCAACAGCUGAGGAACCUGGAGGUGUUGGAGCUGGGAGGAUGUUCUUACAUUACGAACACUGGACUACUGUUAGUGGCGUGGGGUUUAAAGAAAUUACGGAGACUAAACUUAAGAUCGUGUUGUUUAGUGAGCAACCAGGGUAUCGCCUACCUGGCCGGGCAGCACCAGGAGGCAGCUGACGGCACUACGGCGCUCGAGCACCUGGGCCUCCAAGACUGCCAGAAGCUGUCAGACGAGGCCCUCCGGCAUGUCGCUAACGGCCUCCCUAACCUCAAGAGUAUAAACCUCUCCUUCUGCGCUAGCAUCACAGACUCUGGACUCAAAUAUCUAGCGCGGAUGCCUAGCCUUCGUGAACUAAACCUAAGAUCGUGUGAUAACAUCUCGGACAUCGGAAUAGCCUACCUGGCGGAGGGGGGUUCGCGGAUAACCACGCUGGAUGUGUCUUUCUGUGACAAGAUCGGGGACCAGGCACUGGUUCACAUAUCCCAGGGCUUGUUUACCUUACGUUCACUCUCCUGUUCGGCGUGUCAAAUCAGUGACGACGGCAUCCAUCGCAUCGCACGAACACUGCACGAGCUAGACACCCUCAACAUCGGUCAGUGUGUGAGAGUCACUGACAAGGGGUUGCAGUUGAUCGCCGAACACCUCACCAACCUUUACUGCAUCGACCUCUACGGUUGUAACCGCAUCACUACGGUGGGACUAGAGAGAAUCAUGCAGUUACCCCGCCUGUCUGUGCUAAACCUGGGUCUGUGGCACAAACACAGGCGGUGACGCUUGUCUCACCUAGGACACCAUAACCAAUCUCCGGCCCAGGACCACCAGGUGCUCAGUCCCACCAAACACUCAAGGUAAAAUUAUCCUCAUGCAGGUACUGGCUCCAAGUCUACGGUAACCUCUGCCAGGACCGCGUGACAGUGAAUAUUUCCUUGGUCGUAUACUCGGUACCAUGUUGCUUCUGCGGCUUCACUAUUAAGGGCUGUGCUAUACAGAUAGACACUUCGUGGAGACUUGCUGAAGUGUGUCAGGGAAAUAUUCCUAUAAUGUAUACCAUUCAAAACCAAUCCCAGUGUCGCCUCGCACUGAACAGGUGUCCACGAAGAGUUAUCUUGUGUCGUCAUGUGAACGUGUCUAACCAGUGCCAUGAAACCUCACCUUCAAUCCUCCCACCAUGAAUGAACAGUUUCCCUCUUCCGUGCCAUGAAAGUGUUGCUGACUUCACAGGUAUUCGCUAAGGUUUUCUGUUUUAAGAAGGUCUUAUACUGUAUAUCGGUAAAUACAACGAAAUGACACCAUAUUAGUGUCCAUUGCGUAUCCUACAUUGUUCAAAGGUCCCUCGCAACUGUAAGGUUUGUGGCAACACUGAAGAGGGACCACGGUGCCAAUCAAUGCCAACUGUCAAGUUUGGUGUCAAAGUUAGUGAAGAAAUGCCAUUGAAUUCUCGAACAUAUGACCAUUUGUAUAUAAUGUAGUGCCGUGAUAACCCAUGUGAUAUGUGUGUAUGUGCGAGUAUAACUAAGGAUAUUAUGCCUAGCUAAGAAGCGGUACACUGUAGGCGAUGUUCCACUAGAAUGAAUGAUCCUGUAAUUAGUGUUUUAAGAUGCAAUAUCAAUGCUUCUUGUGUAAAUAUUAUAUAUAAUAUAAACAUAGAUUUAUAUAUUAAAUGCGGGCUUAAGGUAUGAAGCCCAAAAUGUGAAGAAGGUACCUGGAGUAAGACUUCAUAAGUAAUACUGCAUGUCAGCAGGCUAUGAACAUACAUACAUACAUCACCAGUAGCAUGUUUAUAUAUACUAGCUGGUGAAGACGAUGUUAUCAGGAAUGAGAGUCACGUGGGCGGGAGGGAGGCGGGGAGGGUAGACCCGUAAUACCUGUUCCAGUCAGCACUAAGCAACGUAACACAUCCUUGUUGUUGUAAACUUCCCAUCUGUUUACUAUUAACUUAUACUGAAUGGAGCCUUGAAUAAUGACCGGUAUCUCUACCACACAUUACGCUGACUCUGCCUCCCCCUCACCCACAGACUCCAAUCAUCGUUUAUAUCUGGUUGUUUCCGGACAACUUCUCAAGUGUAUUGUGGGUUAGCAUUGUACACCCCCUCCCCCUCUCUCUCCAUGCCAGGGGCCGCGGGGCACACAUGUCACCUGAGCUGAGACAAUCCCUCCUCCCUUAUUUUUUUUUCCAGUCAGUCACUUCCCGGUUAAACAUUUUUAUUUUUACCAAUGUGAUUAUUUAAAUAGUUUUACUCCCGGGAACAACUGUUAUCACCUCCACGUGUUGUCUUUCCUUGACCACAACAAUAGGUAUUUAUCACAGUACAAUUACCUGUCCUGAUUUGAUUGGUAUGUGUGGCAAUUUACCCCAAAUCAUUAUAUCACGGUUGUAUGUCAUUACUUGCCGUACUGGUGUCUGUUAUGAGUAUUUGUGUUUAUCAUUUAUCAAAGUCUAAACAUCUUUAUAUUUUGAAAAUGUCUUAAUUUUUUUCACUAUUAAAUUCAGAGCUCAUACUUGACACCUAACCUAACCCAUUGUACCUUAUAGCCCUGAGUGUCAUGACCCCAUCAACAGUACCACAGUCAACCACGACGCUGUAUAGGCCUUUACGAACUAUAUUGACUAACUAUAUAACAUCAUCCAAAGUUGGGUUUAAAUAGCUGCUACUUUAUUCUGGCCAAUAUGCCUACUGUAGUUCCUUUAUUACCUGUAUGUUAUUAUAUCCUGCCAGUACAGUUCCUACCAUCAUGCUCCACGUCCAGAUUAGUUCCUCCCCACGAAACACCCUUCUUACCCGCACCCCUUAUGUACCGCUGGCCCUUUAACUCAAAUUUAUAUAUAUAUAUAUAUUCCUUAAUUAAUAUAUCAAGGCGUACGAAGUAUAACUACCCAUAAAUAAUUAUACCUGCAGAAUAAGGAAACUAGCCUGGGUGAUAAAAUUAACAUCCAUAAUUAGAAUAAAGCUGUCUUAGAAACAUAAUCCGAGAUGAACACGUAACAUGUGAGUAACCUGUUGCUAAUAUAUGUAUAAAAUAUCCACCAUAGAUAUAACUGUAAAUACAUAACAGAGCAGCUGCCAGAUAUCUACACUAUAUUAACCUGGUUGCAAUUAACAUGUAGGACUGGCGGCUGCUCAUACAAUAGUCUAAUUAAUUAUUGAGAGGCACUAUUGCAGCUUGAUCCUCGACCGAGCUACAAGGGUACUGGGGAGUGAGAGAGAGAGACCCAACUCUCUCUCUCUCUACAUCCCACCUUUAAGUGACUCUUAUUGUCGAGUUCUUGCCUCACGAGAGAUGGAACCGAGUCAGAUUCUUAAGUCCAUUAACUUAUUGUUAAGUGGGGCUUGUAUAUCCUCCCCCAGUUCGUCCCGUUAAAGUACUAUAAGGAUGAUUUAAUGUGUUUCCCCUUAAUCCACAGUGAUAUGUUUCUAAGGCUGUUGGUUUCUAGCUCUCAUUAGAACCUUCAUCAAUUAAGAGUUUUUAAAAUAAGUAAACAAAUACUUUCUAAUAUGAAGAGUGAAUUAUGCGAAGAUACAGAUUCUUAUGUUAGAUUAUUACAAGAAAAUACCCAAAGGUUAUAAUACUUCCUUUACUAA